AUGGUGGAGAUGGCCAAGAAGGCCACGGAGCCCAUCGAUGCAGACAUCAUGGGGCUGUGCCAGGACACAUUUUCCAAAAUGGCCUUGUACCUAACAGGAGAGCUGACAUCCACCAGUGAAGACUAUAAACUUCUGGAAAAUAUGAACAAACCAACUAGCUUGAAGUAUCUAGAAAUGAAAGAUAUUGCAGUAAACAUCAGUAGAAACCUAAAGGACUCAAACCAGAAAUCUGCAGCCCUUCAGCCUCAUCUGGAUCAGAUCACUUUAACUGAGGAGCAGGUAGCAGCUCUUGAGCAGGCAGCUUACCAAUUGGAUGCAUAUUCAAAGAAACUAGAAGCAAAGUACAAGAAGUUAGAGAGGCAAUGAAGGAAUUCUUUAGCACAAAGACUUGUGCUACAAGAAUGUUUCAUAAGAACUGAAAUAAGUGGGGUGGAACUUAUCACUAUGCUUCAGUUCCUAAAAGGAAGUGGUGCUGCUCAUCCAAGGAGAAUUCUAGUCCCCACUUCUGGUUGGAGGUGUAACUCUGGCCACCCCUGGAUGUUUCCUAAACCUGGAGCCCCUGGAACCUCAUCUUAUUGUGUGCUUCAUUGUGUGCCCUGGACCACGGCUCAGAAAUCAGGAUCAACCCUGUCAGGAGCAGACACAGAGGAGAGGCUCUCAUCUCCCUGUCUCCUCCCUUCUCCCCUCUCCCCUAGGGCUCCA